GGUUGAGUGCGGUGCCGAUGAGGUUGCCAUCUUUGGUGCCGCUUCGGAGGGAUUCAGCAGGAAAAACAUCAACUGCUCCAUUGAUGAAUCGCUCGAAAGGUUCCAGGAUGUUGUUGAUCAGGCGCACCAGGACGGCGUUCGCGUCAGAGGCUAUGUGUCAUGUGUGAUUGCGUGUCCGUAUGAUGGCAACACGGAGCCAGCUGUUGUCGCACACGUUGCGAAGAAGUUGAUGUCGAUGGGAUGCUACGAGGUCUCGCUCGGCGACACAAUCGGCGCGGGUACCCCUGGGUCGAUGGUGCGCAUGCUUGACGCGGUGCUGCAGGAGGUGGACGCGGCGUCCGUUGCCGUGCACUGCCACGACACAUAUGGACAGGCGCUCUCCAAUAUCCUGGCAUCGCUCCAGCUCGGUGUCGCCGUCGUUGACUCUUCGGUGAGCGGGCUGGGCGGGUGCCCCUAUGCACGCGGCGCCACCGGAAAUGUGUCCACCGAGGACGUCGUGUACAUGCUCAAUGGCAUGGGGGUGCACACGGGCGUGGAUAUGGACAAGCUUGUUGACGCGGGCAUGUUCAUCAACUCGAUGCUGGGGCGGCCCACGGCGUCCAGGGCGGCGGCGGCGGUGCUGGCCAAGAGAAUUGCACAGGAGCACGCGCGGAGCCAGGAGGCAAACUGAUCGUGGAGGGGAUGACAGGAAGAGGGGGAAAGGGAAGUUGUGUGUAGUGCUCGUAUUACGUGUUGUGUGUGUAAGGAUGGAUGGUUGAAUUGGUUCUUCUGCUUGUGCAAGAUGUGUUACUUUGACGAGAGUGUGUGUCGGUGUUUGCUGCAUUACACGAAACCUGCAA